GAUGCAGUUGUAGAGUAUGCAUUUUUAAGAGAUUUAGCGCCUCUGAAAUUUGACGAGUCAUAAGGAAAAAUAAUCAUUGAUAAGCGGUAAAUAAUAAUUAAUUGGAGUGAAAUGUUUACUCAGUUUUCUUUUGGUCAGUCAGACAUCGAACUUCGUCUCGUGCAGCUGUUGCUCUGAUAACCCUUGAGACAAAUAUGUGUAAUUGUGGCGAUUCCAACAGUCGACCUGACUAAACUUUACAGUCACAGUGAUAGGCUAUUAUUUGUUUGUGAUAGAAGUGUGUGGAAAAUCGAGGAAACGAUUGUUGGUGACUUUACUCGAGAAGUUGACAAUUUUAAGAGGGAUUUACAAGGAUACAGAGAUGAUUGGGAAAGUCAACUUCUUCAUAACAAAUAUGAUAGGUCUAAGGGCGGCUAUAGCGCUUUCUGUAGUCUACCUAGCAUCAGCUCAACCAGUGGUCACUAGACAAAAAGUAAACAUGACCGUAUUCUACGAAGCGCUGUGCCCAUAUUCAAUAAACUUCUUCAGAGAUCAACUACCUGUAGUCUGGCCACUAUUUGAGGAUUACCUCAAUAUAGAGCUAGUUCCUUAUGGAUUUGCCGAGCAAUCCUAUGAGAAUGACACGUGGUACUUCAGUUGUCAGCAUGGGAGUCAAGAAUGUACUUACAACAUGUACCACGCCUGUGUCCUCGACAAACUACCCAUUGUCAAGGCCGUCAACAUAAUCGGCUGUCUUAUGGCUAAUGAACAGGAACAACUCUUCUUCAGAAAAUGCACAAGGAAAACGCAGGAGACAAAAGCGGACAUAAAGCAGUGCAGUAAAGGUGAGGAGGGGAGGCACCUGAUGUCCGGCUAUGGCAAUAGGACACGUGACUUCCAGCCCGAAAUCAAAAUGAUGCCAAGUAUUGUCUUCAAUGGGGUAUACAACCAAACCCUAAGGGAUGACGCGGUGCGGGAUCUGAAGCAAGUGAUCUGCAAUUUUCUCAACCCCAAACCACUGGAGUGCAGAACAAACGAGGAGACUGAAGACUACAUAGAUUAGUUCCUUAAAUUGAACAAAUAAACAUUUCAACUUUUACACAUUGGCGCUUUGUAAGACAUGAAAAAUAUCAGUUCUACUCGCAAAAUUGGCGCAGGCGAAAAUCAAAUUCAUAACUUUGGUUCUCACAUUAUUUUUGCGAGCCAGACAAGAUACAGUAGACUGUAAUUUUGAAAACUCUUUUUUCUGUUGUUGAGACUUUUGCCAACGUUUCCCAGAAAAAAAGUGGAUAAAGAUAGCAUAACAAUUUACAAAAAAAAAUAUUGAAAAUUGUUAAAUAUGGACAAUGUGGUGUUACAUAGAGAAAUAAUGAUCUUUGUGAUAUAACUGUAUUUCAGUUAAUGAAAAUAAAGUUUAUAGGUAUUUCAUGUUUCAUAACAACUGUAUCGAAUAAUUUCUCUCAAGUUCAAAAAUCCUUGAUGAUAUUAAGGGCUUACAUAUGAUCAUCAUGGUUUGAAAGUUUCCCAUUGUAUAAAAUAUUGGUUCAUUUUUAACGCUACUGUUCAAAAUAUGUACACCAUAUUUUAUAUUGAUAUCCAUUGCCAUCAAGUUCUAGGCUAGUCUUGCAGUGAGGAAGUGAAUCAAUGAAUCGGACAAUUGAAUGGAAAAGAAAAUUUCUUUCAAAUUUGAAGUGAGAGAAAUGAGGACUAUCACAUAUUGAUUAAUUGUAUGGACGACCAUACCGUUUUCUACAAUAUUUGUAUUUGAUUAAUUUUUUACUAUGUUUUGUAUGAAUUGUGUUAAUAUCUUCAGUAAUCCAGAUUUGGGAAUUUUGCUUGUUUGUGAGAGUGAAUAAAAAAUAAAUAAUAUGAAUGUUAAUGAGAAAGUGGUAGAGAAUAAUAAUUAUGUUGAAAUAAUAACAAUAAAUUAUUUAUGUUGUACGAUAAAUUCUCACAAUCAAUUCUUAUUAUUGAUGAAUUAUAUAUUUGAAUAGAUGUGAAAUCAAUUCAAUAAACAUCAUUACGCUUUUUCUCUACAACGAAUAUUCAAUAAUUUCUAUUGUGAGUUUUCCGUUUCUGUGCACCUAGCUCCUGGUUAUCUUGUUCUCUUCCCAAAUAACAUAGACUAACAAAAGUGAAAGAUCACUGUUUUUGGAUUGAAAACUUCACAGAUAAAAAUUGACCAAAGGCCAUUAAAUAAAGUCAUAGCUCAUUGAUCAAUUCGAUCAAGGUAUUUUAAAACUAGGUUCGUUUUAAUAUAUGAUGAGCUUAAAUUCGGUAGAGAUCACGAUCGAACAUACUAUACUAUUCUAUAUUGUUAGAAUUAUUGUGAUGCAAUAUAGUACUAUUUUCAGGGCUACUCAAUAGUUCUUAAAGUGAAUCAACUAGUAUCCUUUUGUUUUCUUCUAUUUUGAUAGAAUUCUAAUAUAGAACUAUCACUUUGAAGAUAGAGCCAAAGGGUUUUUAUAAAUAUUUCACUUGAAACACUCUCUACGUUCAUAGGUACCUGAAGGACUAUGGGACUAUGGUACUAUGUAGGACUAUGUGUAACCUUAUCUAUAUUUGGGAGAGGAAUAGCACAAGGUUACCUUAUUUUUUCUCUCCCUAUCAUUUUGAUGAUGAUGUACUUAUUGUAUGAAUUAAUAAAGAAUUACGAGCUGUG